CGAAGAAAUGAUGGUGACAAUAGAGGAGAACUGCAGUCUUCGACAGGUUGUUACAGAACAAGAAUCCAAACUGGCUGAGCAGAACAAGCUGAUCAGUGAGUUACAGGGGACAGUCAGCCAGCUACAGGCAGAGGUUCUUACCAGCCGAUACCACAUCCACAAGCAGCAACGGGCCCAAGAGGCGAUCCAGAGCCAAGCUGAGACACUGCAGCACAGGGAGCUGCGAACUAGAGUGGCGCUCGAAUGCAUCACCAGCAGGUUCGAAAGGUAUCGAAGCAAAAUAAUUCAGGCUACAUUCAGUACGGCAGGCAGCAGGCCUCCCCAGGCAGAGGUUACGGAUGAGGAGGUGCUGGAGGCAAUGCAGAAAAUAAUUAAUGAACGGAUGGAGUUCCAUCAGAUGCUGAAACAGAAAGGCGUCAAGGUCCCGUCGCUCUACAGCAUCGACACGUCUACUUCAUCGCCUACCAGUGCUAAGGGAAGGAGAAAGAGUCCUGCAAGGUAGCAUCUUUUAACGCCUGAAAAGCAGCCCUAACGGCUGAGUCAGAAUACGUCGCCAACUUCAGGCUCCUGUUCCUUGGUUUUGAGAUGGUGACUUACU